AUGAUCUCUACUUGGAGUAAUUUUACUAAAUCACCAAUAUCAAUACACAAAAAAACAGUUGUUUUUAAAACCAGUCCUAAGUUCUCUAUUACUCCAGAAUAAUUUAAGUCAAAACUAAAUUUAAGAUAGCAAAUUACCCUCAAUCAGAUACCCUCCCCUAUUACAUCUCUAAAGAAAAUAUCCAUACCCCUAAACAAAUAGAAGAGCAGAAUCGAUGAUCCCUUGCUCGUAUAUAGUCCUCUCAUUCUUGGAUCUCCAGUUCCAAAAGGGUUCAAGAAAUUCUUAGAUGGAGAGGUCGAUUAAUGUGAGAUGCUCAAAUCUCAAGUCAAAUAAAAUACUCGCUAGAGUGAGCUAGUUGCAUUUAACCAACGGAAGUCCAAAGUGAAAAGAGGCAAAACCAUUUACAUCAAAAACUAAAAAGAAAACGAAGAGACUGCUCCUUCAAAGUUAAAGAAACUCCAAAAAUUGAUCGAAACCAAGAUUCUCAAAAAAUAAUUACAAUAAACCACUCAAUCAUAGAAGAGAUCCGAAAUCGUCAAUAUUAUCUAAGGAAAGAAACCUAUUCAACUCUCUAGUAGUGUAAAGAAGUUCAAAUAAAUGUAAAUGCUAUUUAUACCAAAGAAUCCAAUCUAACAAGAUCAUGAAACACUGAGUUACUCUAAGCUCAAAUUAAUUAACGAAUCAAACGAUUUGAUGUAACAAAUUUUGGAUGAGUAAACCCUAAGAAAUUUCAAUAAACUUAACUCAAGAGAUAAAGAAAAAUAAUACUUUGCCCAAUUCAAAAAAGACAAAACCCUCAAUCACUUAAAAAACGUCGAAUACUACCCCCAAGAACAAACAACUCUAUCCUAAAAAGAUACCGCCCUAUAUAAUUACUUAAGAGAGCAAAAGUGUAUUGAUGGGAGCUCUCUGUAUGCCAAUUAACAAGUAUCAAAGUCAUCCUAAUCAACCAGAAGGAGUGUCUUAUCAAAUCACAGAAAAAGACAACCAUUGGGAUAAUAGAAAAUCAAACCCAAUAUAAAAGAUAAUGACAGUUGCAUUUCUGUAGAUUUAUCCCUACAGUCUGUUUACGAAUACUUUCUGGAUGACUUGUACACUGAAUAAAAAAAACUUGAAUCUAAAUUAAACUUUUAAUAAGCAUUCAAUGCUGACCUUGACAAAUAAAUGAAAACAAUUAAUAAAAUGAAAAAUAUCAAUUCACGAGUAAUUGAUUGCUCUUUAAAUAAAUUAUUCGAAACUUUGUGA